AUGUUCGUGCUCGCGGAGAUGCAGGACACGGUGCGCGUGGCGCCCGGGGCCUUUGGGAAGCCGACGACGGACAUCGUCAAGGCCGAGGUCGACGCCAAGUACGCCGCGCGCGUCGUGAACGACGUGGGCCUCUGCGUCUGCUGCCGCGACGUGCUCGACGUCGGCGACGGCCUCGUGUACCCCCUCGACGGCGGGGCGACCUACAAGGCGACGUUCAGCCUCUUGGUUUUUCGGCCCUUCGUCGGCGAGAUCGCUACCGCGACGAUCGUCGCGUCCGGCCCGGAAGGCGUCCGCGCGUCGCUCGGCUUCUUCGAGGACGUCAACAUCCCGUCCAAGUUCCUCCCGACGCCCGCCUACUACGACAAGGAUUCGAACAUCUGGACCUGGCGGCCCGACCUCGGCGACGACGAGGACGGCGGCGGCGGCGACGACGCCUGCUUCCACCUCGACGUGGGCCUCGAGCUGCGCUUCCGCGUCGCCGCGAUCAACUUCACCAGGGUCUCCAAGCACAAGCGGGGGCUCCAGGCGACGACGUCGACCAUCGAGGUGCCCGGCGCGUCCGCGGCGGCGGCCCCCGGCAACAUCACGGGCUCCAUCAACGAGGACGGCCUCGGGCCCACGACCUGGUGGCCCGACGACGAGCCCAUGGACGAGACCUAA